GUUUGGCUUCUCAUCUAGAUGAGUUUAGUACAAACUUAUUCAUCUAGAACUUCAUUCAAUUCAACUAUAUUGCAGGUCAAAUAUUUUAGGUGACAAGGCACUGCUGCCCGGAUAUAUUCACUCGAUCAGUUCUACGGAAACACACGUCGUCAUUCCCAUCACGUCGCUUCUCAUCAAUCCGUGCAAAUUUAAAGAACGUCCGCGCUCUUACUCUACAAACUCGACUCAGAAAGGUGGUAUGUGGGGAAUGGAUUUCUACGACAUGGUGCCAUUGAGGUUCUUAAUAUUCAACAAGAGAACUCGAGUAUUUUCUACAGAAAAACCGUUAGAAGUGUUUCCUUCCAUGUUUGUUACCCAUCAGUUGAACGCCUAUAACGCACCCGAUGAGAUUAUCAUAGCUGAUAUGGUUGUCUAUGAUUCACAUGAUUCCUAUACUAAGUAUUUCUACACUGACUUCCUCACUAAACAGCUUUAUCCAAGCACUGCGAGGAUUCUCCGGUUCAGAAUUGAUAUGAAGAGGUUAAGAGUAAUGUAUAACUACAUUUUACGGCAGGAAACGAUUGCUGCAGAAUUUCCUCAGAUCAACCACAAGAUGGAGCAGAAGCCCUAUCAGUGGGCAUACAUCGUCGAACACCCCUUCGCUGCUGGUAAUGGAAUACUUAAAAUUAAUGUUGACGAACCAGCCGGCACACGUAACCAAGUGUUCAAAACCGAAUCUAACUUAGUAGUCCAUGAGCCGUGGUUUGUCGCAAAACCAGACUCACGCAAAGAAGAUGACGGGAUUUUGCUAGUCCGAGCACUUGACGUCGACGAAGCAAAAGGCUUGCUACUGGUAGUAGAUGCAGAUUCUAUGAAGGAAAUAGGCCGAGCUUACGUUCCCAUUUUGAUACCCUUUGGAUUUCAUAACAGGUAA